AUGGCGGCAGUGGAGAAGCGGCGGUUGGCCGUGGCCCCGGCGGCCAAUUUCAUAGACAGCAGCCGGCCCUCGGUGUCCGGGGCGGCAGCAACGACCGAGAGCGAGGAGGACUUCCUGCAGCAGCUCGGCGUGACGAAAAUGCUGCGCGCAGCCCUGUUGAAGGUGCUGGAGGCCCGGCCCGAGGAACCGAUCUCCUUCCUGGCGCACUACUUCGAGAACAUGGGCCUCAGUACGCCUGCACACAGCGGCGCCGGGGAGCCCCCGGGCCAGCUCCUGCUUCAGCAGCAGCGCCUGGGCCGCGCGCUGUGGCACCUUCGCCUGGCUCACCACUCCCAGAGGACAGCCUUCAACAACAAUGUCGGCGUGGCCUAUGAGUGCCUGAGCGCCAGUGGGCGCAAGAAGAAGCCGGGGCUGGAUGGGCGCACCUACAGUGAACUGCUCAAGCGCAUCUGCCGAGAUGGGGAGGCCCCCGAGGAGGUCGUAGCCCCCUUGCUGCGCAAGAUCCAGUGCCGGGACCACGAGGCUGUGCCGCUGGACGUGUUCCGCACCGGCAUGCUCACCUGCUUCGUGCUGCUGGAGUUCGUGGGGCGGGCUGGCGCCCUCUACCAGCUGCUGGAGGACCCCAUGCUGGCCGUUGCUGACCGCCGCAUGGGCCAGGCAGUGCUGGACACCCUGGAGGGGGUCCUGCAGGCCAGCAGUGGCGCCUCUGCUCCCACCCACUACCUGGAGGCCGGCUCACGCCUGGGGCCUGACAGCCUGGCGCUGGCCAUGGACCGAGCUCUGGUGGCUCGGCGGCCCAGCUCCCCCAUGACCCGAGAGGAGUUCCUGGAGAAGGCUGCUGCCCUCUUUAUUGCCAAAGUCAAGCCAGUGGGCUGA